AUGUCUUAUUUCCUGCCGCAUUUGCCUUCUGGAUGGCAUGUUGAUGAAGCGAUCAAGUCUGAAGAAGAUCGCGUCGUGGUUCUCCGAUUCGGCCACGAUUGGGACAGCCAAUGCAUGACCAUGGACGAGACUCUCUACUCCGUCGCCGAGAAGGUACAGAAUUUUGCGGUUAUAUACCUUGUGGACAUCACGGAGGUGCCAGACUUUAAUAAGAUGUACGAGUUAUACGAUCCUUGUACCGUCAUGUUCUUCUACCGCAACAAGCACAUCAUGAUUGAUCUUGGGACUGGUAACAAUAAUAAGAUAAAUUGGGCAAUGGAUAAUAAACAAGAACUAAUUGACAUUGUUGAGACAGUAUACCGUGGUGCGUCUAAAGGUCGCGGUCUUGUCGUGUCGCCUAAAGAUUAUUCUACUCGUUACAGAUAUUAG